GUGAAUCCCCGUCAUCCCGAAUGAUUCUGAGCCAUAUCACCGAACAUCCCAAACCACUGGUUACGAUAAUCUCGCCAAUCUCAACUUAUUAAUUUGCACCUACUAUCUCGGAUCAGUCUUAGAGCGCAUAACUUCAUUGACCAAUACCACGUUUUGGUUUCCCUCUUCUAGUUUUCUCCCAACCUACCGUUCUAUCAACAAACUUCGCGCGUCAAUGUAGACAGUGGUUCAGGAUACUUAACAUAUGUCUUAACCACCUUAGACAAUGGUGGCGACUACCAAUUACAAUUAUCUAAUACAACGUCUAGUGCUAUAGCGCACUAUCAAAUGCUCCAUGUGAAACAGGAUGAUAAUAUUGUAAAGAAAUAAGAUAGGAAAAAAGUUGGGUAAAUUUUGAGAUUUGUACUACUACAAAUCGACUAAAAAAACAAAAUUGAUUUAUUUAGUCUAAAAGUUGGGUUUUACUGUUUAUACUGAAUGCAAUAAAAAAGUCAGAAUGGCAUCCUUGGCUUUUGUUUCCAGCCAUACUGAAAUCACUAAGGUCAUGUAGAACUCGACAAAAUUGUAGUUUUAAAUUAGAAACAUGCAAGAAAUUUUUUUUCGUACUAUGGCCGAAAGCAUACUUCUGGAUUUAAGCAUUGCUAACACAAUGUUGCCAUCGUAUAUAUAAAAAAUCAUUUGCAGGCAAUGAUAAUCGGUUACAAAGAGUCUUCACACAUCCUCAACUUGAAGUCAGAUUUUACAAGUAGUGGACAAGAUUAGCUUCACCAACGUGUAGUUUCCAUGCAUGUAAUACUGAUAGGAAAAGACCACUGAUGUAUAUUAUACAAUAUGAGAAGGAUAAAUAAAUAAUAAGGUAGGGCAAAUGAUCCUUUUUCAUAGGUGAUAAAAUCGAAGCUCUAGAUCUGUCCAGUUAUCAUGAAUGAACUAGCAUGUGAAGACAAGAAAAAGUCGUAAUCAUAUAAAUAGAUUUCACCUCGUCAAACAAUCACUCAGAUAUGAAACUGUUCUUUGAUCUGGUAAUUUUGGUCCAUCAUCUUGUAAAGUUUUCAUUACUCUUCCCAUUUAUUUGUUUUGAUAUACAAGUAUACUUUUUUAUUAGGAUCAUAUAGAGAAUGCAAAUAAACGAAUUAUUUUAUCAACAUUGUAUAUUGGAACAGGUCCAUUAGAAAAUGAAUUAAUUAGUGCACUGACAAAAGCUGUUCGUGAAAGAAAUGUAAAACUUACUAUUCUAAUGGAUGCAACACGUGGUCAACGUCCUUGUCUGACUACUAAGUAUUAUACUACAAAUGAAAAUAAAUUAUCAUCUACUACAAAUCUAUUGGAACAUCCAAUUCCAUAUUCUUCAUGUCAUUUUUUAGCUCCACUAACUGCUUUACCUAAUGUAUCAAUCCUAUUGUAUAGUCAUCCAUCUCCAAACAGAUGGAUUCGUUACAUAUUACCGAACCGUUGGAAUGAAAUAUUCGGUGUACAGCAUAUUAAAGCGUAUAUAUUUGAUGAUUCAGUUAUUAUGAGUGGGGCAAAUUUAAGUCAUGAAUAUUUUACCAAUCGACAAGAUCGUAUAUGGAUAUUUAAAAAUUUUCCAAAUUUAGCCAAUUUUUAUUCUGAUUUAAUUCAUAAUGUUAUUAGUAAAUUUUGUUAUACACUAUGCUCAAAUGGUAGUUUAAUAGCUAAUCAUUAUGAUAUUGUUUCAGCUAGUUCAUCUUCAUUUCGACAACAAUUUCAUAAUGCUUUAUCUACAUUUCUAAUCAAUAAAUAUCAAGAUAGUAUCAAUCAUUAUAAAUUGAAUCCAAUAAAUAAAUCAAUAAAUGAUACUUAUAUAAUUCCAUUAUUACAAUAUGGUUAUUGUAAUAUUCAAUAUGAGAAACAAUUUAUGCAAUCAUUGUUUCAAUAUGUUACGUCAUCAUCAUCUUCUUCGUCGUCGUCGUUAUCUGAUCUAAUUCAUCAUGAAUCUUUCAAAUUAUUCUUAGCAUCAGGUUAUUUUAAUUUAACAAAAUUAUAUGAAAAAUUAUUUUUUAACAUGUUGAAUUCAACAAUACAUACACCUAUUCAUUUAUUAUGUGCUUCACCGACGGCUAAUGGAUUUCUCAAGUCGAAAGGUGCUUCCGGUUAUAUACCAUUAGCUUAUAGAGAAGCACUUAUACAAUUGCUUCAAUUGUUUCAUACUACUAAAUUCAAUCAUAAUAAUAUCAAUGUUUAUGAAUAUAUUAGACCAGAAUGGACAUUUCAUGCUAAAGGUUUAUGGAUUGAAAGUGUCGAUGAUGAUAAUAAUAAUAGUAAGAAGGAAAAGAAUACUGAUGAUCAUCAUCAUCUUUCAUACAGUUUAUCUUUAGUUGGUUCAUCUAAUUUCAGUUAUCGUUCCUUAAAUCGUGAUUUAGAAAGUCAAUUAUGUAUUAUUACAACGAAUAGUAAUUUAUGUCAAUCUAUUUAUAAUGAAAGAUGUCAUAUUUUCUCAUCGAUUUAUUGUUCUCCUGUCACUUUAAAUCAAUUAAUUUGUCAAACUGAAUAUCGUUUACCUGUAUAUAUGAGAUUUAUACUACCAAUAUUUCGUUGGUAUAUGUAAAUUGUUAUUUAUUCUCGAUUUUCAUAUGUAUUAGUUUCAUUGUUG